CUUUCUUACUGACCUAGCAUCUAAAGAAAAGCCCCAACCUAUAUUCACCCACAGCAAGGUCCCCAGGCCAGGCAUAGCUCUGUUCCCUCCCUCCCAGCCACUAGAGAGGGCUGGGAAGGAUCAGUUGCAAAUGUCCAAGGGCCAAAUGCUCCAUAAAACAUGGAGUAGGCAGACCAGCUGAGAAGGAGGCCAACUUGUGCAAGUCCAAGAUCCCCCUAAGGCCACGAUGUCACUGCUGCUGUUCCUGCUGUCCUUCCUGUUGGAUGGGCCUCAAGGUCAGAUGGAGAGCUACUUCCUACAGGUGCAGAGAAUUGUGAAGGCACAGGAGGGUCUGUGCAUCUUCGUGCCCUGCUCCUUCUCCUCCCCUGAGGGAAAAUGGCUUAACCGUUCCCCACUUUAUGGCUACUGGUUCAAAGGCAUCAGAAAACCAUCACUUUCAUUUCCAGUGGCCACAAAUAACAAAGAUAAAGUGUUAGAAUGGGAAGCCCGAGGGCGCUUCCAGCUCUUGGGGGAUAUCUCUAAAAAGAACUGUUCCUUGCUAAUCAAAGAUGUUCAGUGGGGAGACUCAACAAACUAUUUCUUCCGGAUGGAGAGAGGAUUUGAGAGAUUCAGUUUCAAGGAGGAGUUCAGGCUACAAGUGGAAGCCCUGACUCAGAAGCCAGAUAUCUUCAUUCCUGAGGUCCUGGAGCCUGGGGAGCCAGUGACCGUUGUCUGCUUGUUUUCCUGGACCUUCAACCAAUGCCCAGCUCCUUCUUUCUCCUGGAUGGGGGAUGCUGUCUCCUUCCAAGAAAGCAGACCGCACACAUCCAAUUACUCAGUUCUGAGCUUUAUCCCAGGACUUCAACACCAUGAUACUGAGCUCACAUGUCAGCUGGACUUCUCUAGAAUGAGCACACAAAGGACUGUCCGACUAAGAGUGGCCUAUGCCCCCAGAUCUCUUGCUAUCAGCAUUUUCCAUGACAAUGUAUCAGUCCCAGACUUGCAUGAGAAUCCUUCACAUCUGGAAGUUCAGCAAGGCCAGUCUCUUCGCCUCCUCUGUACUGCUGACAGCCAGCCCCCUGCUACACUGAGCUGGGUCCUAGAGGACCAAGUCCUUUCUUGGUCUAGCCCUGUGGGGUCGAGAACCCUGGCACUAGAGCUGCCCUGGGUGAAAGCUGGGGACUCUGGACACUACACUUGCCAAGCAGAGAAUAGGCUGGGCUCCCAGCAACAUACCCUGGACCUCUCUGUGCUGUGUGAGUAUGAUCUACCAAAGGUUCCUGGUCCCAAGAAGGACAAAGGAGUAACAUCAGGCUAUAAACAGUCAGAUUACUGUGCAGCUUGUGUUGGGGACCCAAUGAGUGAUGCACCCACCCACCCACAGCUUCCAUCCCUGGGAGGGAUGUUCUGCCCAGGGAGAAGGCCCUGGCCUGUCUGGAGCCAGUUCCCUGUCUUCAUUGCAGACCCCCCACAGGACCUGAGAGUGACUGUUUCCCAAGCAAACAGGACAGUGUUGGAAAUCCUCAGGAAUGCCAUCUCCCUCCCAGUCCUGGAGGGCCAAAGCCUGUGCCUAGUCUGUGUCACCUAUAGCAAUCCCCCAGCCAAUGUGAGUUGGGCUUGGGUGACACAGACCCUGAUCCCAAUCCAGUCUUCAGAGCCUGGGGUCCUGGAGCUGCCUCUGGUCCAGAGAGAACAUGAAGGAGAAUUCACCUGUGCUGCACAGAACCCACUGGGUGCCCAGCGCAUCUCUCUGAGCCUCUCUGUGCACUACCCGCCCCAGAUGUCCAGCCCCUCCUGCUCCUGGGAGGCCAAGGGUCUGCACUGCAACUGCUCCUCCAGAGCCUGGCCUGCCCCCUCCCUGCGCUGGCGGCUGGGGGAGGGGCUGCUGGAGGGGAACAGCAGCAAUGCCUCCUUCACAGUCACUUUCAGCUCACUUGGACCCUGGGUCAACAGCUCCCUGAGCCUCCUUCAGGAGCUGGGGCCCAGCCUCUGGCUCAGCUGUGAGUCCUGGAACACCCAUGGAGCCCAGACCACCUCUGUCCUGCUGCUACCUGAUAAAGACAGUGCCACAGCAUUCUCCAAGGGAGCAGUUUUGGGCUUUGGCAUCACAGCCCUCCUUGCCCUGUGCCUCAUCGUGGUCAUCGUGAAGACCCUCCAGAAGAAAGGAACCCAGGAGGAACCCUCCAGGCCCAAGCUCUCCCGGGGCAGCACGAUCCUGGACUACAUCAAUGUGGUCCCCAAGACCAGGUCCCUGGCUCGGAAUUGGAAAGCUGAACCAGAUGCCCCUUCUAGGAGCUCACCCCUGGACACUCACUUCCCUAAACCAAAGAAGAAGCAAAAGGACCCACAUUUCACGUACCCUGGUUGCCCAGAUCCCACAUCAUCCUCUCAGGUCCCAGUCUCUGAGAAUAACCCGGAAGAACUCCACUAUGCUGCUCUCAACUUCUCCCGCCUGAGACUGCAGGAGACCCAGGAUCCCCAAGACACCUAUUCUGAUUACACAGAGGUCAGAGUCCACUGAGGGUGUCCUGGGGCUUAGGACUGAGACCUAAAUGGUAAAGUAGUUAAGGGAGCCUCCAAAAGAAAGCAGAUGCUCUCCUUAAAAAUAAUCCUGGGGGUAGGGGGUGUUAAAUAUGUGUGCCACCAAGCUUGAUGAACUCUUAGAUUGAUCCCGAGGACCCGCAUCGUGGAAGGGACCUCCCACAAACUGACCUUUGACUCCCCACAUGUGCACUGUGGCUCAUGCCUAUGCAUGCACAUACAUGUAAGUUAAUAAAUAGAUGUACAAAACAA